UUGUAUGCUAUUAAGACAUUAGCAACUAUUUUGAAAAUAUUGUCUUUCUGUCUGUUUGUCUGUCUGUUUUUCUGUCUGUUUGUCUGUCUGUUUGUCUGUCUGUUUGUCUGUCUGUUUGUCUGUCUGUUUGUCUGUCUGUUUGUCUGUCUGUUUGUCUGUCUGUUUGUCUGUCUGUUUGUCUGUCUGUUUGUCUGUCUGUUUGUCUGUCUGUUUGUCUGUCUGUUUGUCUGUCUGUUUGUCUGUCUGUUUGUCUGUCUGUUUGUCUGUCUGUUUGUCUGUCUGUUUGUCUGUCUGUUUGUCUGUCUGUCCAUUUUUCUGUCUCUCUGUCUGUCUGUCUGUCUGUUUGUCUGUUUGUUUGUUAACGUAUCACGUAUAAAGUACUAA